AUGGCGAACUCCUCCUCAAUUUUGCAGCAGCUGGGCUGCUUCCGGUCGCUUGUCAGCAGGCCCAACACCAUGCUGCAGACUCCCUCCGUGGCCGGCCGCCGAAUGCUCAGCACGGUCUGGUCCGCCAAACCCAAGCCGGUUCCUCUGCCUAAAGAAUUGCCCGAACAAUUCCUCGCUCAAUUACCGCAUCGCAUGCGACCUGAACUCGCUCCCAAGAAAAGAAAGAUCCCCCGCCCGCCGCCGGGCCCCGCAUGCAAGGACCCCGUCGGCGAAGUUGUUCAGCGUCAAUUGAAAAAGCUGGAUCCGUUCGGCAAGCGCCGCGAGCUCUUCGACUACCGUCGACACGCCCGCAGCGUCAAGCCCGGCGACAUCAUCCGGGUGACGUUCAAGAACGGCGACCCUUUCUCCGGCGUGGUGCUGAGUAUCAAGCUGCGCGGCGUCGACACCUCGGUGCUGCUCCGCAACCAGCUGACGCGCGUCGGUGUCGAGAUGUCCGUGAAGGUGUACAGUCCCAACGUCGAGAGCGUGGAGAUCGUGCAGCGCACGGAGAAGAGGAAGCGCAGAGCUCGUUUGUACUACCUUAGACAGCCUAGACAUGAUAUUGGUAGCGUGGAGAAUAUUGUCACCAAGUAUCUCAGACAGAAGCGGGCGCUCACGGGUGGGGUUAAGAGCAACAAGAAGCGGUGA